AUGGCGGCCUCCAGGGCAGUCGCUCCUCGCCGGGCUUUGCGAGGUUGCCAUGGACAAUGGCUGCUCCUUGGGUGGGGGCGUCGGUUGUGCAGCGGAGGGGGGCGCGCAGCAGCCGACGCGAGGACUCGCUUUGGGUUCCAGACUGUCUCUGAGGAAGAGAAGGGAGAGAAGGUUUACCAAGUCUUUGAAAAUGUGGCUAAGAAGUAUGAUAUAAUGAAUGAUUCAAUGAGUCUGGGGAUCCAUCGAAUCUGGAAAGACAUCUUCUUGCACCAAAUGAACCCAUAUCCAGGAACCCAGUUGCUCGAUGUUGCUGGAGGGACAGGUGACAUCGCCUUUCGAUUUAUCAAUUAUGUUCGUUCCCAGCGGGAGCAUCAGGUCCGACAAAAGCUGAGAACACACCAAAAUUUAUCAUGGCAGGAAAUUACCAGACUUUACCAGGAAGAGGAGCAUAAAUCAUUGGGAGGCUCCCAUGUAGUGGUCUGUGACAUUAACAAGGAGAUGCUGAAGGCUGGAAAGCAGAAAUCACAACGCCUUGGCUAUUCUGAAGGAUUGUCCUGGGUGCUUGGGAAUGCAGAAGAACUGCCCUUCAACAAUGACAAUUUUGACGUUUAUACAAUUGCGUUUGGUAUUCGGAAUGUCACUCGUAUUGACCAGGCACUACAGGAGGCCUAUCGUGUCCUGAAACCAGGAGGGCGGUUUAUGUGUCUGGAAUUUAGUCAUGUCAACAAUUCCCUAGUUUCCAGUGUCUAUGAUCUAUAUAGUUUCCAAGUUAUCCCUGUGCUGGGUGAGGUGAUUGCUGGUGACUGGAAAUCCUACCAGUACCUUGUUGAAAGCAUCAGGUGUUUUCUGACCCAGGAGGAACUGAAGGAGCUGAUGGAAGAUGUGGGCUUCCUGAAAGUGGAAUAUCGAAACUUGAGUUCAGGCAUCGUAGCCAUUCACUCUGGCUUUAAGCUGUGACCUUCAGGGAAAACAUUUCCUGAUAGAAAAUACAAAUCUCAUGAAAACAGAGUCAU